AUGGAGCUAAGAGUCUGGAAAUUGUGGAGGCGAUGGGAGCGGCGGCAGGAGGUAGGGCGCGGAACGACGUGCUACGUAGAGGUGUGGCAGCGCAAGGGCGUGACGUGCGCAGUGAAGCGGGUUCGAGGGGACGAUCCGUCGGAGCACCACAACCGCGAAGUGCGGGCGAUGCUGACCAAGGAAUAUAACAUCCUGCGGAGCCUACACAGCGUGCAUGUGGUAGCGGUGGUGGAGCAGCGACUAUCGAAGGGGUGGAUUCUGCUCGAGUACGUCCCGUUUUGCGUGCAGAAAGUAAUGCGGAUGGAUCUAGCCCCGGGGGCCGAGGAGAGGCGGUGUCUGCUGGGGCAACUGGUCGAGGGCGUCGCAUACUUGCAUUCCAGCGGCGUGGUGCAUCGGGACCUCAAGCUGGACAAUAUGAUGUUGGCACCCGACUGCCACACUCUCAAGCUGAUCGACUUUGGGCACGCGGUGAAGCUGCAGGCGGGGAAAACGAAGUGCUACGGAAUCGGUGGCACAGAGCCUCUGAUAGCGCCGGAGGCGCUGAACCAGCUGUCGUAUGAGGGGUAUCCAGUGGAUAUGUGGUCUAUUGGAAUCAUCAUGUAUAUGCUAUUCAACGAUAUAGCCGACCUGCGAUACCCGUGGCGAAUUGCACGAUCCAGUGACGAGGCGUUCCUAGCAUACGAGGAAGAAGGCCUGCUGCAUAUAUCUACGGAGGAGCAUUUGUGUCGUCGCUUUCUGACGCCUGACCCCGCGUUACGUAUAACGGCUGCAGAGGCGGUGGAGAUACCUUUUCUGCAAUACAACUGCGAUGGCCAUGUGCAUGAGCGAACUCGUAGGUUGUGUCAGAAAUUUUGGGGCACAUAUAUGUAA